AUGCAAAUGCGUAAUAGUAAAUUGAAUGGACAUCAGUUAAAUCUCAAAAAUGGUUCUGUACGUCGAUCACGCCAAUUAAGACGUUGUUUACAUGAAAAAGAAAAACGUGCUCGUAUGAUUGCACUAAAAUGGGAAAAUUACUUUUUAAGAGGACAAAUUGAUCUAAUAAGAAAAGAAUUAGAAUAUUUAUCUCUUAUAAUUAUGUUGCUGAAUAAAGUCACCAACCAAUUAUUGUAUACAAAUUUAUUCGCUAAUUAUUUAACCGUGAGUGUUAUUGUAUUUGAUAAUUUAUUUUGGAUUCGGUUAUGUGCUGUGAGACUAAAUGAAAUGGCAAACAGUAUCAUUGGAGGGAAAGAUAAAGGUACUAAAAAUAGUAUUUGGAAUUGGCAUAGUUCAUCAUCAGUUGCGACACAUUCAACGGUCAUUGUUGCAUAA